AUGGCACCUCGUAUUGAAGCACAAGAAAUUGAGACCUACUGGAAUAUUUUCUCUGCCCGGACCGGCGGGUCGCAGUACCUGACGGGAGAGCAGGCCGCACCGGUGUUGAAGAACAGCGGCUUGACAGAUAACCAGCUUGAGCGGGUGUGGGAUCUCGCUGACGUUGACAAUGAUGGCAACCUUGACUUUGAGGAGUUUUGCGUUGCGAUGAGGGUCAUCUUCGACAUUCUGAACGGCGAAUACGCAGACGUUCCCACAACUUUGCCGGAUUGGCUCGUCCCCGAAUCCAAAGCACAUCUCGUCCAGGCGAAUCGCGCACUCACGGGGAAGCAAGUGGCAUUUGAGCAGGUCGAGGAUGACCCAGACUCACCCGGACUGAAAGACGGUUUCGAUUGGUACAUGAGCCCCCAAGACAAAGCCAAGUACGAGUCGAUAUACCAGGAGAACCGGGAUGCGCGGGGAGAAGUCGCAUUCUCAUCCUUGGAAGAUCUGUACGAAUCCCUCGAUGUUCCGGACACCGACAUCCGUUCUGCCUGGAACCUCAUCAACCCCUCGGCUAGCCCUUCUAUCAACAAGGACGCCUGCCUCGCCUUCCUCCACAUUCUAAACAACCGGCAUGAAGGUUUUCGCAUCCCGCGCACCGUGCCUGCCUCCCUCCGUGCCUCGUUCGAGCGCAACAAGAUCGAUUACCAGCUCGACAACAACUCUCCCGCAGCUUCCCGAUGGGCUACAAAAGCCGACGACUCAACUGCGACAGGCCGGAAAGCAAAAUUUGGCGACCAGUAUCUCACCCGCCUCGGUCGCAGCGGCUUCAAGUCGAGCGGCACCGACUUCUCAACCUCCAAGACGGAUGACUGGGAAGAGGUCAGGCUCAAGAAGCAGCUACAGGAGCUCGAUGAGAAGAUUGCGCGUGUUGAGUCUGAUGUCGAACGUAAAAAGGGAGGCAAGCGGGACAGCAAGCCGGCCCUCGUCAAGCGCGAGCUUGAACAGUUGCUCGACUACAAGCGCAAAGAGCUGCGGGAGCUUGAGGAGGGCUCCGGCAAGGCCAAGGGCGGGGCCAGCCUUAAGAGCGUGUCUGAUGAUCUGCAGACCGUACGGGAGCAAGUGGAGGGCCUCGAGUCGCAUCUGUCAUCGCGGCAACAGGUGCUAGAGCAGCUGCGGAGGGAGAUCGAGGAUGAGAAGCUCAGCAGAUAA